AGGCGGCGCGGGCACGUCCUUUAAAUAAGGGCUGUCCGAAGCGCGCACGACAGUGUGUGGAGUGGGGACGCAGCCCAGGCCAGGGGCAUUGCGGGCCGCGAGUGAGUAUUCUGAGAGUGAUAUUACUGUAGUAAGUUAAAUGGAGGAGAACGUAUCCUACACCAUCAUUGCUGUUCUACAAAGAGCCUCGGCAGGAUCCUUCUGUCUGCUGUUUUAGGUGUCCUGUCAGUUUUAGGGUGAAUGUUGAUUGUGGAGAAAUCCUGCCUCUGCUGUAGCCUGCAUUACCAGGCAGCAGAAUUGUGAGCUAGAGUGAAGAAGUCUGAGAAUAUGAGCUCCAUUGUGGCCAUGAGUGAACCAAGGCUGAACUGGGAUGUCUCCUCAAAAAAUGGCCUUAAGACAUUUUUCUCUCGAGAAAAUUAUAAAGAUCAUUCCAUGGCUCCAAGUUUAAAAGAACUGUGCACUUUAUCCAGCAGGCGUAUGGGAGAAAAUUUGAAUGCAUCAGCAAGUUCUGUAGAAAAUGAGCCAGCAGUUAGUACAGCAACUCAAGCAAAGGAAAAAGUUAAAACCACAGUUGGAAUGGUUCUUCUUCCAAAACCAAGAGUUCCUUAUCCUCGUUUCUCUCGUUUCUCACAGAGAGAGCAGAGGACUUAUGUGGACCUCUUGGUUAAGUACUCAAAAAUUCCUGCUAACUCCAAAGCUAUUGGAAUAAAUAAAAAUGACUACCUGCAGUAUUUGGAUAUGAAAAAACACGUGAACGAAGAAGUUACUGAAUUCUUAAAGUUUUUACAGAAUUCUGCAAAGAAAUGUGCACAGGAUUAUAAUAUGCUUUCUGAUGAUGCACGUCUCUUCACAGAGCAAAGUUUAAGAGCUUGCAUUGACCAAGUAAAAAAGUAUCCAGAAUUCUAUACUCUCCAUGAAGUCACCAGCUUAAUGGGAUUCUUCCCAUUCAGAAUAGAAAUGGGAUUAAAACUAGAAAAAACUCUUCUUGCAUUGGGUAGCGUGAAAUACGUGAAAACAGUGUUUCCCUCAAUGCCUGCAAAGUUACAGCUCUCAAAAGAUAACACAUCUGCCACUGAGACACCAGAACAAACAGCUGCAGCUAUGCAUUAUGAUAUUAGUAAAGAUCCAAAUGCAGAGAAGCUUGUUUCCAGAUAUCACCCUCAGAUAGCCCUAACUAGUCAAUCAUUAUUUGCCUUAUUAAAUAAUCAUGGACCAGACUACAAGGAACAGUGGGAAAUUCCAGUGUCUGUUCAAGUAAUACCUGUUGCAGGUUCAAAACCGGUUAAAGUAAUUUAUAUUAAUUCACCACUUCCCCAAAAGAAACUGACAAUGAGAGAGAGAAAUCAAAUCUUCCAUGAAGUUCCAUUAAAAUUCAUGAUGUCCAAAAAUACAUCUGUUCCAGUCUCUGCAGUAUUUAUGGACAAACCAGAAGACUAUAUACCUGAAAUGGAUUCCAUCUUUGGAAAUGCCCGUUGGAUUCUUGGGAGGGAAAAGAUAUCUAAUGAAGUUAAUGAGUGCCGAAAAAUUGAGACCCUUGAAAAUGUGGAUCUGGAUUUUGAUGAUGACGUCACAGAACUCGAAACUUUUGGAGUAACCACCACCAAACCAUCAAAGUCACCAAGUCCAGCAAGCACUUCCAUAAUAUCCAACGUGAAAAAUACUUCCACAGCCCCCAGUGCAGCAGCCACUCCCGUGGCACCAGCUGCACCAGCAGACAUUUCUGCUCACUCUAGAAGUUUAUCUCAGAUUCUGAUGGAACAGUUGCAAAAGGAGAAACAGCUGGUGACUGGUGUGGACGGUGGCCCUGAAGAGUGUAAAAAUAAAGAUGAUCAGGGAUUUGUACCAUGUGUUGAGAAGGCAUCAGGAAAUUCUGACAAACCUCUGAUGCAAGAUGGUGACUUGAAAACAUCUGAUGCCUUACAGUUAGGAAGCUCUGCAGAAAAUGAAACCUCUGAUAAAAAUGGCAUGGCUACUGAUACUGUGUAUGCUGGUGAAAGACUAAAUGUUCUAGAGAACACAGACAAUUCAAAGGAAAAGACUGUUAUAUCAGAAGCAGCAAAAACUGAAGAUGCAAUGCUUUGCAAUAGUGAUACAGAUGAAGACUGUUUAAUCAUUGACACAGAGUGUCAGAAGAAUAGUAAUGGAAAAGCAGUUGAUGUGGGUUCUAAUUUAACUUCUAAGCCGGCCAGCCCAAAUUCUUCCUCAGGAAACCAGACUAAUGCUACUUGCAGUUCUGAAGAGUCCUGUGUUCUAAAAAAACCUAUCAAACGAGUAUACAAAAAAUUUGAUCCAGUCGGGGAAAUUUUAAAAAUGCAAGAUGAACUCUUAAAGCCAAUUUCCAGAAAAAUACCUGAAUUGCCCUUAAUGAAUAUAGAAAAUUCUAAACAACCUCCUGUUUCCGAACAACCCUCUGCUCCUUCAGAUACCUCUAGUUGGCCAAAAACUGUAUGGCCAACUGCAUUUCAGAAGCCAAAAGGACGAUUGCCAUAUGAACUUCAGGACUAUGUUGAAGAUACAUCAGAAUAUGUAGCUCCUCAGGAAGGAAAUUUUGUUUACAAGUUAUUUAGCCUGCAAGACCUGUUGUUACUUGUACGAUGCAGUGUCCAGAGGAUAGAGACCAGACCACGUUCUAAAAAACGGAAGAAAAUCAGAAGACAAUUUCCAGUGUACGUUCUACCAAAAGUGGAGUAUCAGGCUUGCUAUGGAGCUGAAGCUCUGACUGAAAGCGAAAUUUGUCGCUUAUGGACUGAAAGCUUACUGCAUUCCAACUGCUCAUUUUAUGUUGGUCAUAUCGAUGCAUUUACUUCAAAGCUUUUCCUGCUAGAAGAAAUUACCUCAGAAGAAUUAAAAGAAAAGGUUUCGGCACUCAAGAUUUCAAGUUUAUUUAAUAUCCUCCAACACAUUCUAAAGAAAUUAAGUAGCUUGCAGGAGGGUUCCUACUUGUUGUCUCAUGCAGCAGAAGAUUCUUCACUCCUGAUCUACAAGACCUCUGAUGGAAAAGUCACCAGGACAACAUACAAUUUACAUAAAACACAUUGCAGCCUGCCUGGUGUCCCUUCCAGUCUCUCAGUUCCCUGGGUUCCAUUAGAUCCCAGUCUGUUGUUACCGUAUCAUAUCUAUCAUGGAAGAAUACCUUGUACUUUUCCACCUAAGUCACUAGGUCCCACAGCGCAACAAAAGAUUAGUGGAACAAGAAUGCCUACACACAGCCGCAGGAAUCCAGUUGCCAUGGAAACCAAAAGCCUGCCUGCUCAGCAAGUUGAAAAUGAAGGAGUGGCUCCAAAUAAAAGAAAAAUAACUUAAGGACUCUACCGUGGAAAAUGAAGGAGAAACAGUUAUAACAAUGUUCAGUUUGGAAAUGUUUGGGGGAAAUAUGCCUAAAAGAUCAGUAGACAAGUUGAACUUUUUUUUAGUGUCCUUGAGAGUUCUUAGAGUGCCUUGAAAAAAUUUGUUGGCUGUGUGAAGGAAUGUCUCAGCUAAAAUGGAAUAGUAACUAUACUCUUAACUUCUGAUGUUUGAGGAAAAUCUAGAUAUGUUUUAACAUGAUCAUGGCAGGGAACUAUGUAGAAAAGAAAAUUAUUUUUAUAGUAGACCUUUUCCAAAAAUUGUAAAUAGAAUAAUUUGCUUUUUUCCAAGAGCAAUAUUUAUUGUUGUGUGUUAUAUUAAUAACUUGAGUUAUAUUAUAUUACCAGUCUGUUGAGGGUGGUUCAAAACAUUAGAUCUUGCCACUGUCAAAUACCAUUUUGAGCAACAUGUAAACCUUGUUUCUGACCCAUUGUGACAGGGUUUUUUGGUGGUGGUGGGGCUUUUUGUUUGUUUUUUUGUUUUUAAUCCUCACCUGAGGAUACAUUUAUUGAUUUCAGAGAAAGGGGUAGGGAGAGAGAAAUAUCGAUGGGAAGCAUCAAUCCAUUGCACCCUGUACAUGCCCCAGCCAGGGAGUGAACACCAGCCUUUUGGUGCACAACUUGACACUCCAGCCAACCGAGCCGCCUGUCCAGGACUGACAGUUCUGGUUGUUGUUGUUGUUCUAUUACAGUUGUCCCAAUUUCCUUGGUUGUGAUUGUUGCAGGUUGGUAAAGUCAAUACCUUUAAAACUUGGUGAUAUUCUGCUGCAGAAACUAAAAUUUAAAAUAAAAAGCUUCCUGCCUCUGAAAAGUUAAGCCACCAAUUUUUUAAAGAUUUUAUUUAUUUAUUUUUAGAGAGAGGGGAAAGGAGGGAGAAAGAAGGAGAGAAAUGUCAGUGUGUGAGAGAUACAUCAGUGAAUUGGUUGCCCCUCACAUGCCCCCAACUGGGGACCCGGCCCACAACCCAGCCAUGUGCCCUGACUGGGAGUAGAACCAGCGACCCUUGGGUUCACAGGCUGGUAUUCAAUCCACUGAGCCACACCAGCCAGGGCCAAGCUGACACAUUUUUUGUUGGGCAAUCGUUUGUUAAAACAACAACAACUUUUAUUGUGUUAUAGAGUUGGCGACGAAUGCCUCUGUCUCUUGGCACAAAUUCCAGUUGAGUACUGAAAUACACUCCUGAAAGCAAAGAGAUGAUCAUGUUUUCCAGAAAAAUCUUAUUAUUUCAGCUGAUAAGGCUAAUGUGUGGUAAAACAUAAGCUAUUUUUUCCUCAUCUAUACUGAUUAAUUUAAAUUUUUCAGGACCACAUCAAUGAAUUUGGAAAAAGUCAUGAUCAGCUGAUGUUAAUGUAGCUAACUUGGACUUAAGGAAGGGAUGGACUUAUUUAAUUUUUUGUAUUCAUGUUGUUUAAUGCCACUAAAGUUUUCAGAAAUAGAUGCACCAUUUAUAAAUCCAAGACAAUAUUAGCUUUGUUUUUGCAAUUGUUAUAUGUUUUAUAUUAAUAUAAGACAUUUAUAUUAAUAUAAGAAAUCUAGAAUUCUCUAGAGUUCUAGAAAUCUUUUCCAACUGUUAAAGGUGAUAGUUGGGUAUUUUUAUCUUAAACUACCAAGUUUUAUUUAGUUUAGAUUUCUUCUAGGUCGUUUCUAAAAUAUGUUUAAUUAAUGAGUAACUAUUAGUAAAGUUGUUUUAUGUAUUUUAAUAUAUAAUUUCCUCACGAUCCUAUUUCCUUUUUUUUAAACAUUGAGCCUCCUUUAAUGGACUGGUUUUUUUUUGCUUUGUCACCUACUCCCAUAUCUCAGAAAUACUUCAGCUGUGAAUCAUUUGGCAGGGAACCUAGGGAGAGUCAGGGAUUCCCUUGGAAUUUGCUCUUUUUAAAAAACUAUAUAAUGAUUUCUUCAGACUUCUAAAUACCAGAAAGUCUUGACUUUUGUUUUUUUUAAUACUACUUUUUACUUAGUAAAGUAUGUGAUCUUGCAAGUGAUUAUUUUGGAAUUAUUUUAGCCAUAUACUUGAGUAACUGAUAAUAUAUUAAGCUAGUCUUAGUUUUCUACUUGUGCUUAAUUAAGCCUUUAUAAAACAUAUAUUUGAUCAUUUCUUGUGUUCUUUUUCUUGAUUUUUAGUUCUGAGAAUGUGUAAGUAACAAAGUGACAGUGACAAUAUGAGCAUUUUUUUUCUUUUAAAGAAAGAAUAAGACAGACUCAGUGUUAGCAUUAGCAAGGAUGUGAUGGACCUGGCCCUCUUUUACCUCUAGGGUGAGGGUGUAAUUCAUACAUACCUCUUGGAAAGUAUUUAAUUCAGUAAAAGUUUGGGUAUAUCUGUGUCUCACACAGUCUAAAGUAGGUCCCCACUCAUAACAUUUUCUUUACUAUAUGUCACAGCACCUAUUUGUUUACUUGACUUACUGUGUUUCUUCUUGAAUAGACUACGUGCCCUAAAAGGGCAGGGGCAUGUUUGUUUGGUUCACCGUCAUAUAACACACACCUUACACAAGCGUCUGUCACAUCAUUAUUUAGUAGAUAUAACUUGGAUAUAUGAAUAAAUGAACAAGUAGAUAGAUUCUUUUUUUCCCAGAAGCUCACAUUCCAGUGAAGGACACAGCACUGAUCUAUGUAAAUAAAUGCUCCAGUAAAGUAAGAUAAGAAAGCCGUUUAACCUUUCUUAUUAGAAAUGUAAGGCAGAUUUUUCUAAUAUGAAAGUUGAGCUGAGUCUUUUAAAAAUGAGGAGUUAGAAGGGAAGAAUAAAAGAUCUUCCACACAAAAAGAAGGCAGCAAUAUACAAAGGUUAAAGGUGGCCAGGUUGUAGGCUGUGGACAUGG